AUGGUAGUUUUAACAAAUACAGACAAUCAAGAUUUUUUUCAACUCGAUAAUGAUCUAUCACCACAAUCAUAUCUUGAUAAAAUAGCUCAUCAAAAUCAAUUAGAAUUAAAUAAAAAACAAUUUGCAUUAUUUAUGGAUGACCAAGAUCCUGUUGGUUAUGCCAGAAAAAAAUUUUUUUAUCCAAAAUUAGGAACACUGCCAAAAAUUGAUAAAAAACGAAUUGAACCAUUUCAUGAAUGUAUUUAUCUUUGUGGUCAAUCGCUUGGAUUGAUGCCUCAACGAACAGUUGAUUAUAUGAAUGCAUUUAUGAAUGAUUGGGCUACAUUAGGCGUUUAUGGUCAUUUUACUGGUUCAAAUCCUUGGGCAAAAUGUGAUAUACCAUGUUUGCCAACUAUGAGUUUAUUAGUUGGCGGUCAAAUCAAAGAAGUUGCUGUUAUGAACCAAUUAUCAUCAAACCUUCAUUUUAUGAUGACGGCAUUUUAUCAACCUCAAGGUGAUCGAUAUAAAAUUUUAUAUGAAGAACAUGCAUUUCCAAGUGAUCAAUAUGCAAUUAAUUCACAAAUUAAAUUACACGGUUAUGAUCCUAAAGAUGCAAAAAUUGUAAUCAAAGCACGAGAAAAUGAAAUUUGUCUACGAACUGAAGAUAUUAUUGAUAUACUUCGACGCGAAGGUCAUUCAAUUGCUCUUGUCAUGAUUGGAGGAGUACAUUAUUAUACAGGUCAAUUAUUUGAUAUUGAAACUAUUACACGUGUUGCUCAUGAACAAGGUUGUUGUGUUGGAUGGGAUUUAGCACAUGCUAUUGGUAAUGUACCAUUGAAAUUACAUGAUUGGCAAGUCGAUUUUGCUGUAUGGUGUACAUAUAAGUAUUUAAAUGGUGGAGCCGGCUGUAUUGGUGGAGUAUUUGUACAUUCAAAUCAUUUUAAUGAUAAUCAUUUGACAAGACUUGAUGGUUGGUGGGGUAAUCGAGAAUCAACACGAUUUACUAUGUUUGAUGAUAUUGAUCGAGAUAAAAGUGCUCUUGGUUUUCGUGUUAGUAAUCCAUCAAUUCAUCAAUGUGCAGCUCUUGCUGCUAGUUUAGAAAUUUUUGAUGAAGUAGGCAUGGAAAAAAUUCGUGCAAAGUCAAUUAUUCUCACUCAAUAUCUUCAAUAUUUACUUCAAACUGAAUUAGCAGAUACAGAAUUAUGUCAAUUUACUUUAUUAACUCCUCUUAAUCCCCAAGAACGUGGUGCUCAAUUAUCAUUUCGACCUAUUGGUAUUACUGCUCAACAAAUUCAUGAUGAAUUAGAAAAAGUUGGUGUUGUUAUCGAUAUUCGCGAUGAUAUUAUUCGAAUAGCACCAGCGCCAUUAUAUAAUAGUUUUUCUGAUAUAUUUCAAUUUGUUUCAUUACUCAAAGAAGCAAUUGUUACACUAACAACGGUAUGUAAAGAAUAA